AUGGAUCGAAACAGCUCUUCGGCCCUGCUGAGUCAAGUUGGCAGGUGGUUGGGCAAUGGCUUUGGCUGCAUGUUCUAUUUGCUACCUCCACACAAACUGGCUUUGUCAAAGGGCGACACAGUUCCAAAUCUAAUUGGAACUCACGGUGUUGCAAUGUUUCUUGUCCUCAUGUCCUUGGAGCUUUUGGCUGGGUUCGUGUUUGCAAGAAAGUGUGUUUACCGCUUCAAUGAUUUCAUGGGCUCAUUGUCUUCUGGCACCAGCCAACAACUUUUUGGAGCGUUGGCAUCGAAGAUCAUCAGACACAAGCGCAUGUAUGCACUUGUGCACGACAACUGCAGCAUCCUUUCUGUCGAUGUGAGAGAAAGGCCAACGGCAUCCUGGGUUUUGCUCAUGAUGGGGGUGGAUCUAGCUUACUACUGGGCACACCGGACCCUGCACGGCUUGCAUGUUGGCUGGGCUGCUCACAGUGUACAUCACUCGGGGGAAGACUACAAUUUAGCGACAGCUUUACGUCAAGGAGCCUUGCAGCCCUUGAUGACCUGGGUAUUUUCACUGCCCUUGGCGCUUUUCUUCCCAGCCGAGUCGAUUUCAGUACACUUGCAACUAAACACGCUAUAUCAAUUUUGGAUUCACACAGAGUUGUGUGGCCGACUGGGGCUCCUAGAGUAUAUUUUGAAUACUCCAUUUCACCACAGGAUGCAUCACCGGCCUCCCGGGAAUUGCAAUUACGCUGGUGUUCUCAUCAUUUGGGAUCGCUUGUUUAGCACCUACCAAACUGAAACUGAGCGCCUGGACUACGUUGGUUUGGCACCUUCUGCUCGCACAUUCAAUCCUGUGAAGCUCAACUUGCGAUACUGGCAAAAAAUUACCAAGAGCUUCCGUUGCAAUGGUUUUCGGUCGGUUCUUCGCGCAUGUUUUAUGGUCAGAGUUCGGCAUGCUUUGGGCUUCUCACCACGGGCUUUAAUCGAUGGCUUUGAGGAGAUGAAAGGUGGGCGUAGCUCUUGGUCCUUGCCAGAUGAAGGUAGACCAAAGUACCAGGGCGCAAACCUAGAUUGGACUGGAAAGGCCGCGGCCGUGGGUCUUCUCUUUUGCAGUUUUGUUUGUCUUCAGAAGGCGGAGCGGCAUCAGAGCUUUGCUCGGCUCAGCUGCAGUGCCGGAGGAGGGCUGCUUUGUUUGUUCGCUUUGGGCGAUCUAUUGGACCUGGGGAGUUGGGACAGGUCAAUGAUUCUGAAGCUGCUGACUGCGGCAAGCUUAAUUGUAACCGAGUCCGGCCUCAGUCGCAGGGCCCAGUAG